UAAAUAUAAGAAGUAAUAUUAACAUGAAUGCACGUUCACAGAUUUUUGAUCUUACCAUGGAAGGUCGGCAGGUGGAUGAAGCGGUGGCUAGCAUUUUUCAUACAGUAUUAUUUCAUCGCUGUUCUGGUAAAUAUAUGUAUACUGGGGAUGCACAGUAUUCUAUAGGUACCGUGGGUUACUCUGAUGUUGAUUGUGACUUUAUUGACUUUACCUAUGUUUGUUGUACUUCGGAAAGCCUCAUACGCAAAGUAAAGCGUGCUAUCAAUAUUUUUAGCGAAAAAUUGCGGUCGAGUGAUAGCUGUGGCUCUGGUCAGAUAAGCUUAGAAUUUUUUCAGAAAAAGAAAAAUCGCUGGCUUUUCACACAGGAGUCUAUUCCCUGGGAAGUGUGGACAAUACAUCUAGAUUUAAUUAAGCACGAAAACGAAGAUGAUCGACAGCUUUCUCGCGAAAAUGUAUCUGAUCUACUCACUGAGAAAGUUAUAUACAUUACAGAAUUAAUGAACCGUCAUGAUUAUGUGCCUAAGACUCCCAGUCAAAGCGAGCUAGAUCUAAUUUUCGAUACCUCGUUUCCAGAUAUACAACCCUAUUUGUUUAAAUUUGAUUAUUCGACCUCUGGGUCAACAGCACCUUCAAUGGGAAAUGCAGUGAAAAAGAUAAUUAAAGAAACACUUGCGAUGUGACUACUAAAAAUAAAUAUGGGGGAAAUGUCUAAA